AUGCUGUACUUGACCGCGGACAAGUUUCCGGUUUUCGUGCCAAUUGGUCUUAUCGGCUUCUACCGAUACCUAUGGUACAUCUUCCGUCUUAUCGCGCGAUUCGUGUACCGCCCCAUCCCCCUCCCCGAAACUCCCACUUACCGCGCUUCUGAGGAUGUGACCAUCAUUGUCCCGACCAUCGACGCCGGCGAGGAGUUCAGAGAGGCCGCCUUCUCGUGGCUCCAAGGUAGCCCCAAGGAGAUCAUCAUCGUCACGGAGGAGAAGAUGCAGGGUCCGCUCCAGGAGCUCGCCAACAGUGUCGACCCCAGCCGCAUCCGUGUCCUGACUGUGCCGUUUGCCAACAAGCGUCUGCAGAUGGCCCACGGCGUCCGGAACACAGAGACCGACAUCAUCGUGUUCGCCGAUGACGAUGCGAUCUGGCCGCCUCUGCUCCUCCCCUACGUUCUGGCCUGUUUCGAGGACCAGCAAGUUGGCGGGGUUGGGACGUCGCAGCGUGUGAAGCCCUGUGGUGCCAGGAUGACGGUCUGGGAAGUCCUGGCCGCUUUCCGCCUCACCAUCCGCAACAUCGAGAUUGCCUCCUCUACCCAUAUCGACGGAGGUAUCCCCUGUCUUUCGGGCCGAACCGCCGCGUACCGCACUGUUAUUCUCAAGGACCCCGAUUUCCUCCACGGUUUCACUAACGACCUUUGGCUUGGCAAGUACCACCUGAAUUCCGGCGACGACAAGUUCCUCACGCGGUGGAUGGUCUCGCACGGGUGGAACACCUACGUCCAGGUCUGCAAGGAGGCAGAGCUGCUGUCGACCAUGAAGCCCAACUGGCGUUUCCUAAAGCAGGUGCUUCGAUGGACGCGAAACACCUGGCGAUCCGACUUCCGUUCUGUCUUCACCGAACGUUACGUCUGGACCAAGCAUCCGUAUGUCUGCUACACCAUGCUCGACAAGUUUAUCAAUCCCCUCACUCUUCUUGUGGGCCCUUGUCUGGUCUGCGUGCUGCUGUGGAAGUCGACCAAGCCGAUUGAGGAUGGAGGAUACCACCUGCCCGCUUGGAACAUUGUGGUUUCAUAUCUCGUCUGGCUCCUGGCGACUCGUACCCUCAAGCUCCUUCCCCACCUCUGGGAACGCCCGCAGGACAUCAUCUACGUGCCGGUGUUCAUUCUCUUCGGCUACUACUUUGCGAUCAUGAAGCUUUACGCCCUCUUCACCCUGCACAAGACUGGAUGGGGAACCCGUUCGGGUAUCGGAGACCCUGCGACCGCCACCACGGCGGCCCAGGAGAAGCUCGCCGACCAGUCGGGCGCCGGCCCCGACCACGGCGAGGCUCAUCACGGCGUCUACGACGUCGAGAUGGCCUCGCGUCCCAACAACAACAACCCGUACCGCGCCUAG